AUGACGAUGAAAAAGUCAGAUGAGCUGGAAGCCCUUAAACAAGAUCUGAAGACUAAGUUCGAAUAUUUUCAGCAGCUUUCAGCUAAAAUUCAAGAGGAACUGAAUGCAGCGGAUACCCCUCCAGAAGAUUUCCAGACAGAAAGUGACUAUAUCCAAGAUGUCGAAGACGAUGUCAGAGCAGCCAAAGUAAUUCUGAACACGAAACAGAAAGAAUGGGAGAUUAUUAAGGAAGAUGAAGAAAUGCAAAAAGCAGCGGAUAUAGAAAGGCAGAAAGAAGAAGACAGAGACAAGAGGUUGCUACAGAUGCUCCAAGUCAACAUGCAACAACUUAUAGCCGCGAUUCCAGCAGCUGUCGCUCCCACUGUGACUGUGAACGCGCCGGCCGGAGUCGCACAAGCAACGCGACUCCCACAACGACAGAUUCGUCACUUCAAAGGCGAUAUCCUAGAGUGGACCUCAUUUUGGGAGUCGUUCAACACAGCCGUGCAUUCAUCUAGCCUCUCAACGCCAGUACGCGAAGGACGUAGCAGCUCUGCGAAACCUUCAGCUUACGAUCCGAUCCCACAUCAGCGCAUUGGAGACUCUCGGAAAAGGGAAAUCUACCUAUGGGAGCCUCCUUGGGACCAAACUAAUCAAAUUGGUCCCGUACAAACUUCAAGAGAAAUGUUCAUCCGUGAACAAACAGAGGCGGCGGAGAGAUUCAGCAGAUUGAAGGUAGCAGAAAAACCGAAACAAGCCCAAAGCAAUCCGCAACCAAAACAUGCACCAUCUCCGGCUACAGCCUCGCAGUUGGCAACGGGAGCCAGAAUGAAUUCGGCUAACCCGGUAAAACCAAAUCAAAAAGCAGAAAAUAAUUCUCCUCAUUCCAACACAGGUCCAAGAGAAGCAAGUAGACCUUGCAUCUUUUGUAACGAAGGGCACUGGCCAUCGAAAUGCCCAAAGAAUUUAAAGGAGAGGAAAGCAGUGAUAGCAGAGCUUCAAAGGUGCACCAACUGUUUUGGAACACGUCAUGCGAACAAAGACUGUACUUCGCCGAGAAAUUGCAAUCGAUGCGGCGGCCGACAUCACACAGCUCUAUGUGAACGAAAAGACACAAGAUUUUCAGAAGCAUCCGGAGCCGGGGCAACCAGCUCCACGGUGUCAGGAAACGCCGCGACCAUCACUACAGCAUGUGCAAAUAUAUUUGGCGAUAUUGUGUUAAAAACGGCGACAGUAUUCGUGAUCGGCCCGGAUGGCCGAGAAAAGAAGACCAUCCUGUUCGCCGACAAAGGAAGCCAUAGAACAUGGGUUCUUAAAUCAAUCUCCGAAGAUCUUAAUUUAGAGAAAAAACAGGUCGAGAGUCUCUCAGUCAGAGUAUUCCAGCAAGAGAAAGAAAGUCCGCCGGAAUUGAAGAAUUUGGUGGAAUUCAAAGUGCGGGGCACCUGGCAAGGAGCCCCAAUAAUCAAUCUUCUUGCUUUAGAGUCUGAAUUCAUCGCGAACACAGGCCCGUACAUCAAGUCCAGAUUUGCGGAGCAACUCUGGUUGAAAGACGAGAGGUUGGCAGACGAUAGAUUCGACAGACCUCAGACGGAAGAAGAACAUCCAUCCGGAAUUUUGGUGGGCAUGGACCAAAUAAAUUUGAUCAUAGACAGCGGAGCAGCCAUCCAAAGCCCCUGCGGGUUGAGAGCCUACAACACGCCAUUUGGAAAAAUGCUAGGCGGCCCAUCAAAAGAAACAUCAUCCAAAACUGGUCAAAACAUAAUACAACACUUAAUCUCUCAAUCCAAUUAUUCAUCUUCUCAUGUCGUAACACCAUACACAACAACUUGCGCCAGUUCAACGAAAGCCUUUCCAGUCCAGUCGAAAAAAUCAACCUCGGAGACAGGAAAUUCCAGUCUCCAAACCCCAACUGAAAAAUCAUCACUCUCAGAUGAAUCGGAUGGGAAAGAGUUAGACUCCGACACCAAAAGGAUGGAAGAAGACGAGCUGGAUGCAAUCAAAUUUGAUGUUUCUCUUUUUUGGAAAUUAGAGAAUUUCGCGAAUCUGGAUGGAGCGGAUGCGAGAAAUUUCCAUCUGACCGCCGGAAGACUGGAGAGUACGCUGGCAAGACUAAGGAAGACUCCACAGGAUCUCGCCGACUACAGCUACGAGAUCCAGCAACUGAUCGACAAGAAGUUCGUGGAAGAAGCAGAUAUGGAAUACGAUGGUCACCACACGUAUGUACCAAAUCAUCCAGUUUUCAGAAGAGACAAAAACACGACGAAAAUUCGCGCAGUUUUUGAUGGAGCAGCUAAAUCGAAAUUUGGGCCAAGCCUGAAUGAAGUGCUGGAAAUCGGACCGAAUUUGAACCCCGAUCUCCUUUCAGUCACAAUGCGAUUCCGGAUGACCAAGAUCGCCUGGAUUGCCGACAUUGAAAAGGCGUUUUUGAACAUAGCGCUACAGCCCGAAGAUGCAGAAGCGAUCAGGUUUUUAUGGUCUACGGAGCCAAGUAAAGUUGGCUCCCCACUGAUUGCUUACAAAUGGUUAAGAGUUCCGUUUGGCCUGAGUCCUAGUCCCUUUUUGCUUCGAGCAGCUGUAAAUAAGCACCUAAAAUCCGUUUAUUCUAGAUAUCCAGACACAGUGGAACAGUUAAUGGAAAACUUGUACGUCGACGAUUAUUUAGGCGGAGCAGACGAAGUCAAAACGGCCAAAUCAAGAGUCAACGAGACGAACAUCCUUUUCGGUGAAGCACAACUCAACAUGAGGAGCUACGCAACAAAUAGCGAAGAGCUCCGUCAACACCUGGAAGAAAAAGGCCUCGAAAACCAAUCAGUAGGUCUGCUAUCUCCCUCUUUGGAUAAUCAACAGAAAGUGCUCGGGAUCCGGUGGGAUACUGGAUCCGAUACAUUCCAAUUCGAGCCAUCCACAAUCGUGCAAGCAGCGGAAGAAAUCGCCCCAACAGUCCUCCUGCUGAAGAUCAUUUAUCAACGGCUUUGGGAAAAAGACGUAGAUUGGGAUGCAGUUGCCCCAGAAAAAAUCCAAAAGUCAUGGAGAGCAGUGAUGCAAGGUGUCAUCAAUUUCAACCAGCUGAAAAUACCACGCUGGGUAGGAUUCGGAAAAGAUGUAGUGAAGGCAGAAUUACACGUGUUCGGAGACGCAUCAGAAGCGGCGUACGGAGCCGUAGCUUACGUACGGCUCCAAAGAGCAAAUGAAAAGCCGUUCACCACAUUUCUCGUCAGCAAAACGAAAGUAGCGCCUCUACCAAAACGUAAGGUCACCUUACCACGUUUAGAAUUAUUAAGCUCUCUUUUGGCAGUCCGUCUAGGUGAAACUGUAAGAAAAGCGCUGCACAUUGAAAACUGGAGAGUGACGUAUUGGUCUGAUUCAUUGGUAACGCUCGGAUGGAUCCGAGAUGACGCCAACAAGUGGAAGCCGUUUGUCCGGAACCAGGUGGAGACAAUUCAAGGUGUCUCCGAGAAGGAUUGGUGGAAGCACUGCCCAGGAGUCCAGAAUCCAGCGGAUCUUGCUUCGCGGGGAGCGCCAGCACAAGCGCUGGUAAAUUCUCAGCUAUGGUGGCACGGACCCGAAUGGUUGAUCGAAGAAGAAGACAAUUGGCCGGAUUCCAAACAUGAAAAGCAAGAUCCAUCCAUUCAAGAAACUAUAGACGCAGAGUCAAGAGGAGCAGUAGUUAUUAUCACUGCUUCCGUAGCAAUGCCAAUAGAGCCUAUCGACUGGGAUUUAGAUGUCGUAUCAACCUGGAAUCGAUUUCUGCGGAGUCGAACCUGGAUGCUAAGGUUCUCCAACAGAAGCCGUAAACGAUUACGUGACCCAGGCGCAGGACUAACAGAAGCAAUCAAAGUGAAAGAUAAAGUUAUCAGAGUGGCCAGGUUUGCAAGCGAAGAAUUAGACGAGGCGGAGCUGACGAUUUAUAGGAAGCUCCAGAAAGAAAAGUAUCCGAAGGCAUACGAGACACUCCAGCUUGGUCUACCGAUCCAUCAAAAGGAAAAGAUCGCAUCUCUCAAUCUAGUCUGGGAUGAACGAGACAAACUAAUCUGGAUCAGUGGCCGAGUUAUUCUCGCGCUCCGGGACAAAAAUAUCGAGCCUCCAAUCUUGCUACCAGCUAACCACAAAAUUGUUUCAUUUAUUAUUGCAGAUAAGCACGAAUCGCUUCAUCAUGCUGGCGUGAAAACGACCCUCUCCGAACUCAAAGAAAGAUUUUGGAUCGUCAGAGGACGUCAGCAGACAAAGAAAGAGUUGUUCAAGUGCGUCAAAUGCAAAAAACUGUCAUCACCACCAUUCAACGAGCUUGCAGCGCCACUUCCGCUCAAUCGACUGAAAAAUCCGCAGGCGUUUAACGUCACUGGUGUCGACUUUGCUGGACCGCUUUAUCACAAGCUAGUAACAAUCAAGAAAACAAAGAAAAAGGAAAAUUCUGUCGAAGCGGAUUCCAUUCCGGAGCCACUUUCUGCAGAAGAGGCUCCCCAAGAGCAAGAGCCGGAGCCACUGACGGAAGCAGAGGCUCCAAUCGAACAAGAAUUCGAAGAAGCUACAGUGAUCAAUCAUCGCAAGUGCUACGUGUGUUUAUUUACGUGCGCCGUGACCCGUGCUGUGCAUCUUGAACUUGUCAUUGAUUUAUCUGCCCGCUCGUUUCUACUGGCAUUCCGACGAUUUGCCGCGAGACGAGGGCCAGUGUCGGUCAUGUUGUAA